AUGCAUGAAAAAGCCGAAAACUGGUUAUUUAGACUUGUGCAUCCUUCAUUACUGUACUUAGAUUCAAAGCUAAAUGUGCAGUUUGUGAUUUCGAGUCUUCUGUACCUGUCUCUAUGCUUCGUUCUUCUAGGAAUAUGUGCAUCUGACUAUCUUUGCCCAGCGGUAUCAAACAUUUCAAAUGGAAGGAAAGGCAGCGCCCAGAAGGGACUACUAGCUGCAAUUCUCUUAUCAUGGUGCAACUCAUCGCCUGACCUCUUCACUAACUUCAUGAGCUGGACCUCGUCGAAUGCCGCAGCUUUGUCGGUGGGCGAAGUUCUAGGGUCUUGUGGUUUUAUUAUGUGCGUGGUACAAGGCGCGGUGUUCAUAGUAAUGUCCAAAGCGCGUGUUGGCCUGGAGCCCGAGCAGAGGCAGCAUGUCACUCGGGACCUCGGCUUUAUUCUCGUGGCUAUGUUGAUGAUGCUCUACGUAUGCUUGCAAAACGAGGUUACGUUGCUAAACUGUGUCUUUAUGAUGGGCGUAUAUGCUGCGUACAUUGCUUCUAAGGCUGGUGUUAGAUAUUCUAAGCCUACCUCGGACGACGCCAAUCACACUGACUGGAAUAGCCCCGAAGAAGCCUUCCCCGAGAUGACGGCCGGGGCAUUUUCUUCUGGUGCAGAUUCCGGGCACAAGUUCAACAUACUAAGCGCAAUGGAUUACAGUGCACUUUACGAAAUGAUGGAAAGAUCAACGAGUUCACCGGAUGAUGCAAUUACGCUCCAAACACUCAGAUCUGACAUUCCGGGAACGACGUUUGUGUCGCCCCGCCCUAUAACAGAGCCCAGCGCAAGCAGGCUGCCUUUUUUGGAUAAUGUUGCGUCUCCGGUGCAAUCUUCUCCGUCUACUUUCCAGCCGUUUCACGAUAGCGAUGAUAUCUCUGAAGCAGGACAGGCUUUGUUGGCUGAACCUAUUAAGUACAGCAAAAUUGCAAUUAAGCGGCUGCAGCGUCUGAGGAAAGGCGCAUUUUUCCUUCUCGCGCCUCAGCUACUUGGAUUUGGGUGCAAAUCUCUUAGCGCGAAAGCUCUAGCGCUGGCCACGACGCCGUUCACCGUCUUGUUGCGUUUCUCCUGUCCUCAGUAUUAUGAGAUACUACAAUUCGACAGAACGCCCAGCAACCUCAUAGAACUAGAGAGAGCUCAGCUAAUGCUUUUGCUCGUUCAAGCGCUUCUUGCUCCAUCUAGCUCCUUAGUGUUACUUUGGGUUUUAGCGGGUAUUCUUCUACGCUGGUAUUACCUACUUGCCGCUGGUAUUACAGCAAUCGCUCUUCUUGUAUCUGUGGCCUUUCUCCAACUGGCGGCCAAAAAGUACAAUAGAUUCUCUCUGAACGAGGACCAUAGCAGCGACGACCGCAAGCUAAAGCGAUUACUAAAUGCGGAAAAGGCUAUAAUAAUACUCUUCAAUAGUUUUGGGAUACUCAAUUCUAUCUUGUGGAUUUCUACGCUAGCAAAUGCUCUCGUGGAAGUGAUGGAAGUUUAUCAAAGGUUUACUUCGGUCUCUGAGGCUGUUCUAGGGCUCACCAUCUUUUCAUGGGGAAACUCUAUCAGUGACUUAAUGUCCAACGUGGCUAUGUGUCAGCUUUACCGUAAAAACGAGGUGGAAGAUACGGAAGAAACGUCCCGGCACGCUUCGAGAUCUUUCUUCAUCUCCCUGAGUGCCUGUUUCGGCGGAAUUCUGCUCAACUCGCUGAUAGGUAUUGGGCUAAGCGGCUUUGUGGCAAUGCUUAUAAAUACCGAAGGGACCAAUGAGAAGAAUUCCUGGAUCCUUAGGUCAGUUUCGCUAGAUAGCUCGGGAGUGGAUUUCAAGUUUAUGGUAUCGGUAUCCUUCAUCAUCAUUCAAAAUCUGUUUUUAUUGUCUUCAUUUUGCGGUGUUCGCACUUUUGACUCCUUGCUUGAAGAUAAAAGGAAACUUGUCGGCAUUCUAAUGUGCUCUUGGUGGGGAGCGGCAACAUUGGUCAAUGUGCUUAUUGAGAGUUUCGUGGAUUAA